AAUAUAUCAUAUUUCGAGAAUCAACAAAUCAUAUUUUUAGGACUGUCCGCAUUUCUCCAACAUCUCAAACUUCCGUUACACUUUUACAAAGCAGGUAUAGUAUCCAUAGACAAGAUAUACGUUUCUAAGUGGCCGGUGCAGUAACACCUACCUUCCCAUGAACGUAUAGCAUUCCCUAUAGUUCUCGCUAACAAUAGAUUUCUAAAGUUAGUACCGCUCGUUAACUGCCUUUUACUUCUUUUGUACCGAGCGGCAUGGUGCUAUUUCGAAAGGAACACUUCUUGUCUUGUUUUAUGACGAGAUGAUCCACAAAAUUCUUGGUAGAAAUAACACCUUCGACGAUAAUGGUCAAAUUGUUUUUCUCGUAAUUGGUUUUUGUAAACAAUCAUGAAAUUUGUGGUGUGUGGCCUUCAAAAGAUACUAAACCUAAUGCUUCAAGAGCUUGAAAUCACAGUAUAUGACUUGAAUGACUUCACCUGUGGGUCAAGCUUCAUCCUAUCGACGGAUGUGAACAAUGGUAUGAAAUAUUUUCAUUUCUCAAUAAUUUCCUCAAACUCUUAUACCAAAUCACAUUUUCGGAAAAUGUCUGAAUGUUCGUUGUAAACUUUGCUACUACUAUCAGGAAUAUAUAUUAUAUCAAUCACAAAUUUCUAGAGAUCCAUUAAUAGAAACUCGUUUACCAGACUCAGACGGCAAAAAAAAAAAUGAAGAUUCACGCCUGAUGCAUCGUUAAAAAUGCCUCUUCACUUUAUUGUUCUUUCGGAAAUAGAGACGAAAGAUCGGCCUGACUGCGUCAGACCUAUCGAUAAUUUUAAUUCCAUUUGCCUAAAGACUCUAUCAUAAUCGCCUAUUAAAUAUGGAGGACGGACCGAAUACGAUCUGAUUGAAGAUUGCUUCAGUGCUUCGGGUCUGGUUUAAUUAGGAGCCAUUAGGGUGAUCCUUGAACGAGUUCAAGAGAGGUUUAAAAAUGUAAUGCGUAGGUUUAUUGGUUGAGAGAACUUAAUAUUCAGAGCAACUGAAGAACCAUGAGCCAUCUACUUUUUCCUACAUAUUUUAUCUCCUGAAACCACUACUCACCACAAGGAAAAAAAUUUCUCAGGGGGUUCUAUUUAUAUAUCAAAAAUAGAUGGUGCCAUGAAGUUUAUAAGUACAUAUUCCUCAUGAUGUCAUAUAUUUGCAAUAAUAAGAUUUUUUAUUCUGUAUCAAAUUUAUUUUAUGUUUCCAUUUAAUUUUGCCCAUUAUAACAAAUAAACACAUCCUAUAUCUCUACUCAACUAAAAACAGAAACAAAAUACGUCAAACUCAAGAAAAGUUUAUAAAUAGUCCAGCUAAUUCCAAGUAACUGUACUUAUUUAAUUCAUAUUAUUUUCUGUCAGAGAUGCAAAUGAAAAUUUUCCUUACGAUAACCUUUUUGCGAAAUCUAACCUAUCCAUUAUUGUGUGUGGUAAAUUUUUUGAGACGCGACGCAAGGUCAGCUGUUAUGGUUGCUGGUUUUCUUUUAUGUCUUUAUCUGGCGCCGUUUAAAGGAAUCCUAUUGAAUAUCAAUCUUCCAGAAUUUGUGCAAGCUUGUUUAAAUUAAAACUAUUUUUGAAAAUUCCCUAUAAUAGGCCAUUGGUUUUUCUUAAAUCCACGUCAAUAAAUCUCACUUUCACAUAUUCAAUCCUCAACGCACCUGUUUUGAAUAUACAAUGAUACCAAAAUGAUACCUACUUCUUAAAAGAUUGAUGUAAUCAUUAGUCCCUGCGGGGAAAUAAAAAUAUAGGGUGUCUAAAAAUAUAAUUCCAAUAUUACGACUGCAAUUCUUGAGAUGACGCCGGAAAACUGUUUGUGAGACAUGAAUUUCUUUUCUCAAACUCUGGUGUCUGUAUAAAUGUAAAUCAUCUUCUUUGAGGUUUAACGUUUAACCAAUCAAAAUUUAUUGCUGAAAUCCAUUAUAACAAAAUCGUUUGAAAUAUAUUUAAAUUCUUUUUAUUGAGAAGAAUUGACCUGUCUCGUAAUACCUGAAUCGGCGCGCGCAUCCUGUGGAAAGCAUGUGAGAAAGUGGAGUUUUUUACGGGCUUGCGUCAUAUUUCUUUAUUUCUAUUCAGGGGCGAGUUCAAAAGUAAUUGUUCCUUCUUUCUAUGUAGCGUGUAAUUCGACAAAGAGCAACCUAAUACUUUACGUAUUAAUAGAACUCACUGCAGUGUCGUUUAAGGUUAUGUUAGAUUAUACUCGACAUACCGCGUGUGGCUAAAUUCAGCUCGUGUAGGCACCAUGGUGGAAUGGUGAAACAAGCAGUGUUGUUAAAUUAAACAGGGUUUGACAAGCUGUGGUUUGGCAUUGGCAUUAGUGAAAUUUAAUCACCGCAUCCAUGGCGGUGCACCAUUUUGGUGAAUUUAGCAACACGCGGAUAAUCCUUUGCAAUGUCAUUGUGCGAUGUAUCUGGCACUUAUCAAAAUAAAAGUGCAAACAAUAUUAACAUACACUUUUAAAGCUCUUUGGUCUGCGUUGAGGCGUUGUAAAACACUGGACACUAUUUCACUUCUUUAAUGUUAUAAUGUUAUAAUGUUCGAUUUGUAUUGUCUGCAUUUGUUCUGCAACAAUACAAUCUGGCUACACUGCAGCCACGAGUUGCGCGCGCAUGUCAUCUUUUAUUACUUUCAAACUUGUAUUUAUUACAAUUAAGCUCUCUUUUUCUAUUUCUUCGAGACACGUCAAUAGAUAGCGCAGAUUCUAUAGUUGAAUUUUUCUAAUUUCAAUUUGACAUCUUGUCCAAAACUUUAGUAAUACCAUUAUCCUAAGUAUACAUUUCCUGGACUUUUCUCUUCGGGCAUUAAAUAAUACAUUCAUUCUUGCUCGAUAUUAGACUGAAUAAUGAUAUGAAUUCUAUACAUCCCGUGGAUUAUAAAGCGGAAUCCACGGCCUUUCGACCAAUCAAAUUCUCCGAAUCUUUAGAAUACACAGGCCGCAACGAGAAAAUACAAACAAACUGACGUCUACUAUCAGAUCACGAAACUUUCAUUUCAAACAAAUGACUUUUGAUAAUAGGGAAUUCUCAUGAGAAAUAAAUAUGGCCUAUUUUGUUUUGAUGAUGCACAUUUUCCUGUAAAAUAUUGAAUAUGAGCAGUUUUGCAUUAGAUUUAUCGAUAUUAUAAUCAUACGGCAAUUAUAAGUUUUAAAUUGAAAAGUUUCGCGCGGAAAAACUACGUUUAACAUGGCCGCUUCCGAUGACGUCAACUGUUCGUAAACUAAGAUUAAGGGUGGUAUACACUGAUCGUGAAUAAAGAACGUGGUCCACGCUUUCGUGGUUCACUCUUGAGUCGUGAAGAACGAUUGGUUCACAAUCAGCUCACGUAACGCCGCGCGACUGAUAUUAAACCACUAUAAAUGGGUCCCUAUAGAGGGAAGAUUGUCAAACUGCGCUUUUGUAAAUCCUGUAUCAACCAUGAUAAACUGUUUUAAACAUAAAAUGUCACAAUACUCACAAUACGGCACUAAACACGGAAACCCAACGUAAAAAUCACUUUCAAUACAGUCGAAGGUACGAGCUGAGCGAUUACUUCUGACCGUUUGCAAACUAUCAGAGACUCUCGUGAGAAGUGAGAAUAGACCUUAACGUUGUAUUUACAAACAGUUGACGUCACACGUACUGCCAUUUUGAAGGCAAUCGUUUUCGCGCCAACGAAAAUAAUUUGAAAUUCAAUAUUUUUUUAAAAUUUCAAUGAGGACAUAAUACGAGGAAAGCAUUUAUAUUGUACCAUAUUCGAAAACAUAAGCAAUAGGAAAAAAAAAAAUUUGAAAAAUAUGAUUGUUCCCUAUUGGUAUUUCUUACAAAAACUAAUGAUUUUUUUUGAAAAAGUUGGAAGAGAAACUAUAGUCUUCUACUCGCAAAUAAUGGCUAUUAUUCACUCGAAUGAUUCCAUUGAUUGAAUUUACAUUCUCAUGAAUAUGCUCGUUGAAGAAUAUACUGUUCAGAGAUAUAAAUACUGUCGAGGAUGGAAUCUCGGUGUUAAUUUUUUUGUCAACAGAAUUUAGCCAAGCCAGCGGCAUCUACUGUUUUGGAAAAAUCACCAUCCACUUGUUUUGCAUUGGCGCUUCAGAUACCUACUUCAAGGCAUUUUUAUGAUAGAUGGCGCUCUGUUCGCAUUACUGUCGGGCUUUUCAAAGGACCCCGCACAAACCUUAUGGGAAGGGCCUUUCUGUCGAAUGGGUUUAAAAUAGGGGAUUAGGUAUACGAAACGCUAGAGUUCACAGCCAGUCAAUCAACUUCAUCAAAGCGUACCGAUCCGAGGUGCUAGAGAAUAAAAUCCUUCGAUCGAAAAGACAUGAUUAUUGGCAACACAUCAAACACAAAGACAAAACCCAUAACGUUACGUAAAUGACCUGAAACGGCUAUAAAGAACGGCUAGGUUGCGAAGGUACUACAUACAGUACUCUCUGGGUACGUGCAUAUAUCGUGUGUAGUGUUGCAUUAUUUUACAAAAUCCAGCCGAUGCUGACCGAGCAUAGUAUAUCAUAUGAAAAGGCGAAACUUAGAUGUGCACUCGAGAUACAGCUAUUUCUUGUAACUUGGCUCCGUGUGUAUUAUGUGGUGGCAAGUGUUGAAAGAACAAGUGUGAUGGUGCAUAGGGUUCAGCGAACGCACUUUGUGCCGUCAGAGACCAUGAAAAAUUGAAGGGAAAAAUUGCCAUACUAUCUGGUCAUUGAAAAUGGAUUCGACGCAACGGAAUGGUAAUACUAGGAGUUUGAGCGUCAUAGAUCUAGCUGCGAUUCGUAGAUUACUAGAAUCCGAAGUCAUGGUAGGAACUUGUCCCAGCUGUGAAAUGCCCUUUGACAAAGGCAAAAAACGAAGACUGAUUGACAAUUGUGGACAUGAACGAUGUUAUUCCUGCAUGUUCACCAACGAAGCUUGUCCUUUAUGUUCCUUAGACAGUCCAAUCUCCGACACAGAUGGUUCUACUCUGAAAGACCUGAAAUGUAACGGUUUGAGAGGUUCAGAAAUCACCCUGUACGGAGACUCGCCCUGUCUACAAAUAGAAAAUGCAGACAAAAUGCAACCCAGAACCAAAGUCAAGACCAAUGGUCAUUUUACAAAUUUCAUGAAAAGUCGUAAUGAAAAAUCUCCUGUACGAAAUGAAGCCGGUCAUCCUGAAAAUCUUCCCAAAACGCGUCCCAGUAACCCAAGGACAAGACCGGAUCCAAUGUCUCAGAGCUGUCCAACGCCACCUCAAUCCAGAAGAAAAUUCUUUUUGAGUCCGAAAGCUAUUAGAAGUCCGUUUUUGAACAAAAACUGGAGACAGCAGACCGAUGGAGCCAUGUCAGCAUCAAUGACAGAUUCUGUCACGUCAGAGGCAAAGCAUUGGCCCAGCGUAGUCCUAGGAAAAAUUCGUUCAUUAUGGAAUGCAGGAACUAGCAGCGAAAGUGCUGGUUUGAACCAACUAGUAGCAUCAGAUGAUGAAGCCUCAAUAAAAUCUCCAUCAACGAAAAAAUCUUCGGAAAAUGACAUGUACAUGCGAUUGGGUCUACUUCUUGGAGAUGGGGCAAGAAGAUCUAAAGGUGGUCCCGUCUACAAUCCAGAAUCAUGUUCAUCUCUGGCCAGCUACGAGACCAGUGCUAUGAUGUCCACAAACACUAGCCCAGUUUCCACGUUGACAGGUAGCUCAGAGGAUCCGCACAGGACCAAUCCCAGCUCGGAUAGUGUAGCCUCUCUUAUGUCCAUGUCGAUGUCGGGUCAGAGUAACUGUAGUUCUAGUCCUGUUAGUCGGAGGCACAGUGUAACCACUGCCCAACCUGGUCAAAUUGAAGAUCUCAACCUCUUCAAAAACAGAAGAACGUGCGUACGCAGAUCUGCCAGGACUGGCAUAGCCCUAAAAGGUGUAGUCGAUCCGAAAAUUAGAUUUGCCCAAUAUCGGACGCCGCAGCUUACCCUAAAGCCCUUAUUUUUUGAAGUUCCUUUGCAAGAGCCUGAUCCUUUGUUCCUAGGACGGCACUGGCUAAUUAAAAAUAUGGAAGAAGUCAUAAAUUCUUCUAGUCCUGGAAUCCUGCUCACCGGCAAUCCGGGUACUGGUAAAACUGCACUCGUCCUUCAACUAGUAGAAUACAGUUGUUUUGGCAGAAGAAAAGAGCCUUUAUACCAAUCCAUUCACUCACCAGAGCGUUCCAGAAGUCCUCAAUCAACCAUUUAUGGACCCAUAGAUUUAGUUUCAGAAAAAAUUAAACAUCUUGCUAGCAGUAUCGUUGCUUACCAUUUCUGCCAAGCUGACAAUAACAAUACGUGUUUAGUUCCUGAUUUUAUACAUUCAUUGGCUGCGCAAUUAUGUCAAGCACCUCAACUCGCUGCUUAUAGAGAAUAUUUAUUAAACGAACCGACAUUGCAAAAUGUAUUGUCCUUAAAAGAAUGUAUAGCAAGUCCUGAUGUGGCUUUUACUAGAGGCAUCUUGGAGCCUCUAUCAAGUCUUAGACGUGUAGGAAAAAUAGACAAUGUCAACUGUACGAUAUUGGUAGAUGCAUUAUGUGACGCAGAAUAUCACAGGCCAGACCACGGAGAUACUAUAACAACAUUCCUGUUAAAGCACAUCCCAAAUUUUCCUUCAUGGCUGAAAAUUAUUGCCACUGUUAGAACACAUUUGCAAGAGCUGAUGAAACAAUUUCCUUUCACUAGAAUAAGCCUAGAUAGUUCUCAAUCGAAUGAAAAUAUCCAGAAAGAUAUUUUAGGAUACAUAAACUUCAGAUUACAGAAUAGUCCCAGCAUACAAAGUAAUAUUACGCUAUCUAAUAAUGGGAAACUUGAGAGUGGAAGUGUGUGUCAACAUAAGUUCUCGCAACAUUUGCUCAGUUUAUCACAAGGAUCAUUUUUGUUUGCUAAACUAACUUUGGAUUUAUUGGAAAGAGGACAGUUAGUUGCAAAAUCGUCUGGAUAUAAAGUACUUCCAGUAACCCUAUCACAAAUAUACCUCCUGCACUUCAACUUAAGAUUCCCUACCAUUAGGUCAUUUGAAAAAGUAACUCACAUUCUAAGUGUAUGCUUAGCAGCAUUAUAUCCAUUGACUUUACUAGAAAUAUUCUAUUCAGUAAACUCCUUAUUAAAUAACAAAUUUCUGGCUUGGAAAGAAUUUCUGCUAAGAUUCAAGUUACUAUCUGGCUUCCUAGUGAAACGCCUUGACAACACCUACAUGUUCUUCCAUCCCUCUUUCAGAGAGUGGCUUAUAAGAAGAGACGAAAAUGAAGCUACAAAAUUUUUAUGUGAUUUAAGAGCUGGCCAUGCAGGAAUUGCUUUCAGACUGUCUCGAGUACAGGCGCCAUUAGAUCCAGAAAAAACCUUGGAAUUAGGACAUCACAUACUCAAAGCUCACGUUUAUAGAAACAUGUCCUUGCCAACACUAAGUUCGAGAGAUUUACAAGCCUAUUGGGUCACCCAAAGCUCGGAAAAUGUUUCUGCAGCUAUAUGUAAUUUACGAAAUAUGUAUAGUCCCAAUGUUAAAGUGUCUAGGCUACUUUUACUAGCAGGAGCCAGUCCGAAUUAUAUAACUGAUUUUCUUGGCAAAGCUCCAGUAUUAUGCAUGUAUGCCAACGAAGGAAAUGUUCCAAUGGUGUCGUUGCUAUUAGAAUUUGGAGCGGACGUUGAACUUACUAACAAUCAAGGCCAAACAGCUUUAUCUUUGGCUUCUUCUAAGGGACAUUGUGAUGUGGUUAGACAACUUGUAGCAGCGGGAGCUAGCCCAGGUCAUGCCGAUGCUGUAGGUUAUUGUCCUUUGGUACAUGCAGCCAGAAAUGGUUGUUUGAACGUUGUAGGGUAUCUUUUGGCUUGCGAUUGGAUUCUAAGGAAUGAUAAUGACGUCGAAUUAGCUGAAGCUGCCCAGCAAGCUUUGAUUGCUGCAGCUGGCCAAGGCCAUACUGAAAUUGUUGAGUAUUUAUUGGACAUGGCAGAGGUUACAGCUGAUAUGGCGGAUUCAAUCACAGGUGAAACUGCUUUGACUGUAGCUGCAGCCAAUGGAUGUCAUGCAGUUUGUUCAGCUCUUAUUAGUCGUGGCGCUACUGUGUCAAUUAAAAAUAGAAAAGAUGCGACACCAUUAUUAAUAGCUGUCAAAGAAGGUCACUGGGCAGUGGCAGAAAGACUGAUUCAGAAUCAUGCAGCGAUUGAACAAAUUGAUGAAUCAGGACGAACGCCUCUAAUGUUGGCAGCUUCUGAGGGACAUUUGGGGUUGAUUGAUUUGCUUCUUGAUAAAGGAUCCGACAUAAAUAGAGAAGAUAAAGAAGGUAUGACUCCGCUGUGCUGGUCUUGCUUGAGAGGAAAAGUUCAAUCUGCUCAAAGUCUAGUGGAAAGAGGAGCCAAUAUCAAUCACACUGACAAAACAGGACGAACUCCUUUAGAUUUGGCAGCCUACAAUGGAAAUCCCACUUUGGUGCAGUUUUUGCUUGAUAGAGGUGCUAUUAUUGAGCACGUUGACAUAAAUGGCAUGCGGCCAUUGGACAGAGCAAUAGGAUGUAAAAAUAUUCAAGUUGUUCAGUGCUUUUUGAAGAAAGGAGCUAAAUUGGGGCCAGCUACUUGGGCUAUGGCCACAGGCAAACCAGAUAUAAUGCUUAUUCUACUUAAUAAACUCCUAGAGGAUGGUAACGUUUUGUAUAGAAAAAGUAGAUUAAGAGAAGCAGCCCACAGGUAUCAAUACGCUCUAAAAAAGUUUCCCAAUGAUGAUCAAGGAGAACAUAAUCAAGCAUUCCACCAGCUGCAAAUCAACUUCCUUUUGAACUUCUCUAGAUGCAAAAGAAAACUAAAUGAACCAGAAGAAGCCAUAGAACUAGCCAACGAAGCUUUAGCAAUGAAACCCGAAUCCUACGAAGCCUAUUAUGCAUUAGCAAAGGCAAGAUUAGACCUCAACGAAUAUGACUGCGCCCUACGUAACGUCCAAGAAGCCCAAAAACUGACACCUAAUCAAAACCUGGAAGUCAAAAAAGUGUUAGCCUUUCUGCAGGAGGAAAUUGUUAACAAAAUGUCGCCUGGCAAUCGAAUGUUGACACAUAGGAAUUAUGCGAUUUCAGUUGACACUUUGCAUCAGUAAAAAUUGUGUUGAUGUACAAAAAAAGCCAAAAUUUUUAAAAUAUAGUGUGUACUUGAUGUAUAUUUUUUUAGACUGAAUAUUGAAUUUUCUAAAACGCUUUAAUUUGAAAAUAUUGUGUCUUCAAACGGCUUUAUCAUGUAGUGCCUUCAAAACCAAACAAGACUGAUCUUAAACCACAUUUUUUUUUCAAAAUAACUAUUUGAAAAUCAGCUACUUAGCUAAAAUUAUUAUGUAAAUAAUACCUACUUGGUUAAAUUUUGUAUUGUUUAUAAGCCUAAUAAUUUAUUUCUGUUGUUAUAUUUUUUAAACUAUUAAUUUAAUCAUUCCUAGGGAACCCUAUAUCCCUGCUUUUUUUAGUUUUUUUUGUGUUGUAUUAGUAGUAGUACCAAGUAUACUCGCAGUUUUAAAUUAAGUAUUUUUUAUUUAUUUGUGGAUUUCUUGUAUACCUGUAUUGUAUACCUACCUAACGAACGAAAUUUUUUAUUUAUUUAUUAUAAAAUAUAAUGUUUGGCUAAGUAACUGCUAGUUUAUAAUACCUACCUAUUUAUUUAGUUUAAGUUUAAUUGGUUUCUAUUUAAUUGUAAAAUCUAGGUAACAAAAAUGCAAUGUAUUCUUAUGCAAUAUUUAAAUAAAAAUAAAAUGAUAUUACAUCCAUAUUAUAGCUUUUAUGUAGACAUUUUUGCUUUGUGGGCAUAUUUUUUUGUUUCAGAUUUCUUGGCCGGUCAAUAUAUUUUUGCAAUAAAAUUAAACAAUAUCUGUGAUGAACAUUAAUAAAUUGCAAAAAAAAAGGAAUAUUCUGAUUGGUUAUUAGUUUUAUUUAUGAUUAGUUUAUAUUUCUUGCCAAGCAUUUUAAAUAAGUCCAGUAUUUUUAUGUUUUAAUUUAUUAAAUUUGUUUGCAGUAAAACUGUUUUUAUUUUUGACUGUGUGAAUAAAACGAGAAAUGUAUUUAAUUAAAUUUAAUUCUAUAAAUAUUUAUGUCGAAUAAAAAUUAUAAUUGAAUAGGUAAAGUAUAAAAAUAAUAAAAU